CACCCCCACCCGACCCGCAACAGUCCGUCCCGUUGUUGAAAACUCUGCCCAUCAAGUGUUCGACGAAAUGCCUGAAAGGAAAGUGGCUUUCUCAGACGAGUACUGACCUCCGGGGUUUUGUAGCUGUACGAACUGGGCAAAGCUUUAAUAUCCAUCCAAAAGGAGAAAGUUCAAAGCACAAGAGUUGACAACGCUUAAAAAAACACAGAUUCAAUAGCUGAAACAGACAGAUGGUGAGAUGAUCAUGCCUUCAGAUGCUAUUGCCUCUCACUGAUGGAAAAUGUGCAGAGAUUUGGUGGAAAGGGAAAGAAAGAGACAAAUGCUUUUGUCAUGCUUACCACCUUUAUCCGUUGAAAAAUCUUUUCUCCACCGCAGACCCAGAAAAUAUAAUUGUUUUCUUUAUCCUUCUUGUUGUCUUCUUAUAAAGAGAUUGUAAAACACACAAGACAUUCAGAUUUAAGCUUUCUUCUUAUAUCUUCGAGGGGACCAGAGGAACCAAAGCAAUAUUCACAUAUAUAUAUUCCUGGAAAGAGAAUACUUUUUGGAUUUCUCCAUUUGAAUGAUUCUGGUGUUUGUCAGCCAACCAACAUGCUCAGUUUCCAAGAAGAAUGGAUGCUUACAAUUGUAUCGUCAUAAUCUUCUGCAUCGCCUUGUUUGCAAUCAAUCUAGUGUUUUCAUGUUUCACUUGCUUCUCUAUUCUCCACAUCUUCAUGACAGAGGAAAACAAGGAUUUGACUGAUCUCAGGAAGAAUCUUAUCGAGCAGGAAGAAGCCAAUCCGGAUGAGAAGGUAACGAUCAUUACAGUCUCGAGCAACCAAGGAUUCUCUGACUCCAUCGAUGAUGAUUGUCGCCAAGAUUGCUCCCAUGAGGAUAUUUGUGCCUGUUAAAAGAAAAAGGCUGGCUUCUAGUUUUCAUUACACACUUCUCCUCAUGUUUUUGCAAUUUUUUCCUUCGAAUCCAAAAUAUUUUUUCGUUUGAUUAUGUAUGUUGAAAGAAAUUAUACAGUCAAUAAACAUAAAGAAAAAUAAAUGGAGCUAGGUGCAAAAAAGGUUAAAAAGUUUUGUAUUUUUAAUA